AUGAGCCACACGGUCUCCUUUGCGGAGCUGGUCAACCUGGCCAUCGGCACGCCUGAGCUGGGCAACGUCAACUUCAACGCCCUCCAUUUGUUCCUGCGCAGCCUCCUGGAGCACCUCCACCUGCAAGACGUACAGAAGGACUUCUCCGACGACGAGCUGGACUUCAUAAAGCCCCCCUCCACCCUCCCGGCCUCUGUGGCCACAUCGGCCGCAUCAGUCCCCAUGGCAAAGAAGUCCAGCUCCAUCUUCCAUCAGAUGCACGAAAGAAUCGCAGCCCUGGAGAGGCAGCUGUGCUUCCUGAACGACUCCCCUGACACGGACCAGCUCCUGGCCCGCAGCCAAGGAGCCACCCAGCCCGCCCAGGACAUGUGGCAAAUGAUGCAGCUCAAGAAGAAGAUGGAACUGAAUGAGGAAGGCGUAGUCAAGGCCAUGAAGACGCUGCAGGACCUGCUGGACAACGUCUGCACCUUGCGCAUGGCCACCAGUAGCUUCCAAGAGGAGCUGGGCCAGCUGAAGGAGAGCUUCACCAACCUCAAUAUAGACGAAAUGAAGGCGCGGAUCAUGCAACUUGAUGAGCAGGCCAAGAUGAUGGAUGAGCUCAGGGGGCAAUUGGGCCUUGCGAAGGAGAAGGCCACGGACCCUUCGGACCUGGUGCACUGGAGCGGCCUCUGCGAGAUGCUCACAGGCAAGAGUUUCUCUGAGACGGAGAAAGAGGGCAGAGAGAAAACUUCCAGGGAGAUGCUUGCGGUCCUGGGACAGCUGCCCGAGAAGCACCAGGCGCUCCUCUCCCAAAUCGCUCAGCUGGAGGCUCAGCUCAAGCUGCGCGGAGGGCUUGGAGGUAUUUCCGAAACCUCACCUGACCUGAAGUCUCUACUGGAACGGAUGGACAGAAUGCAGAGCCAGAGUGAGCAGGGAAAGGAGUCUCUGCAAAGCACCUUGGAGCAGAUGCAGAAGCUGAGCGCACAGUGUGAGAAGCUGCAGAAGGGGGUGGAAAGGUUGAUGAAGAACACCGCAGACAUCCAGGCCAUGCGCUGCAUGUUAGAGCAGCUGGACCUCACCAAAGCGGACAAAGCCCUGAUACAGGAGGAGAUGAACGUGAAAGCGGACAAGAGCGCGCUGGAGGCAAAAGUCAACCACGGGGAGCUGCGAUCGGCCACCACCCAGCUGAGCGAGAUGAUGCAGGACCUGCUGCAAAAGAUGUCCCUCCAGGACAAGGACUGGCAGAAAGCUCUGGAGAAGCUCUUCACCGACAUGGACUGCAAGCUGGACCGGAUGGCCCUGGACCCACUGAGCAGGCAGCUGGAGGAGGUGUGGGGCUUCCUGAAGAAGUACCUGAGCGAGGGCCCCCGCUUUGACGCAGACAGUGCCGCCGGCUUUAAGAAGCAGCUCUUUGAGAGAGUGAAGUGCAUCUCCUGCGACCGGCCAGUGACCAUGAUGACCGGGCCGCACAUGAUCACCAUCCGGAAGGCCAACCUGAGGCCUCGCCCAGCCAGCGCCAAUGGCUAUGAAUACCUGACCCGGCCGCAAAGGAAGGACCCAGAAGCGAUGGAAACUAGCGCCCCCCCGCCCCCGCAGACCUGCUGGCAGUGCCAGGCCCACCAUCAAGCCUGCACCACCAAGCGGGUCGCCCGGGCCCAGGACCUCACCACCCUCUACCCCUACGGAGACCCAAUGGCCCUGACCUAUGACAACUCGGAGGUGGACAUCCUCGGCGUCAACGGUGUCCUCUACAAAGGCCGGGUGAGCUCCCAAGCUGCCGAGCGGGCCUUUGCGCUGCAGAGAGAAUUCACAGCCGUGAAGCCCCCCCGGCCCCCCGGCGGCCAGCGGAUGGAGAGGGCCCGCUCUGCUUUUGCCGACGUCAGCGCCUCACCCUACGCUUCUUCCUCCUUCCGACGAGCGGGGUCGGCAGCACCCAGCAGCACCCGGCAGCAGCAGCUCACGGUGGAGUGCAUGGACGGGGCGGUGACCUCGAGCCUCAGCCAGAACUACAUCCAGAAUGGCAGGGGGGGGCUGGCAGGCAUGUGA